AUGGUCGAUGUCGAUGCGCGCGCGAGCGCGGGCCUGAUGCCGUACGUGCCUAUCGGCGAGCCUAUUCCCCCUAAUGUUGACCAUGCCGUGUCGGUAUCGCUGCCGACAUGGCAGGAUAUCGUCGACUACGAAGAAGGGAGGCUGAACGAUGUGCUCCAAACGGGCUAUCCCCGCUUCUUUAUCCAUCGCUCCAUCCAGAAGCUCGCACGCGCACUGGAACACAAAUUCGCGCGGCCCGCGGAGCAGUGCAUGCUGUUCCCGACCGCACAAAAUGCAUCGCAAUGCCGCGACUUUAUCCGCGGCAUGGAAGCCAAGCGCAUUGCAUCCAAAGGUAGCGCCAAAGAAAAGAUCCCCAUCCGGAUCGUGCGCUUCAGCAUCCUCCCGAGCGAGUCGCAGGAUGUGCGCGCGCCGUGCUCCGUGCGGAACUCGGCAGCAUCGACUGCGAAUGCACCGCUUAUGCUCUACAGUGUCGUGUACCCUUCCCCCCUCUACCCGCUAGCCAAACGUUUUUGGCAGCACACGGGCGCUGGGAUCAGCAGUCGCUUGGCAGAAGAGUGCCUGCGUAUCCUUGCACACAACCAAUCCUUGCUGGGCGACUGCGACAAGUUUGCGCAGCCAAACGCGCCGGCGCGGCGCAAUUCCGUGAGCGUCCCUGCGCGUGGCGGCGGAUUUGGCCGGAGCCGGUACCAGCUGCGUGGGACGGAGGGAAGUUUUGCGCCGCUGGAGCCUACAUGCCCAGACGACUCGCUAGAAGAAGAGCUCACUGUGGAGCACGCCGUUUUUGUCGAGGAGCGCUACGGGCGCAACCUUCCGUUUGGCCAUGCGUCGCGUGCGAAACUUGCGCUGCGACGCCGCAUUGCAGGCACGCUUCUUGGCGAUGCCAUGCCCGAGGAAGAUGCUGCAGAGCCUCUUGUGAGUGCGCGCGCGGUUGCGGGUGUCUCUGAGAACGACGUAUACCUCUUUUCCUGCGGCAUGGGCGCUAUUUUUGCGGCGCACCAGACGCUGAUGCUCGAGCGUACGUGGAGCGACCAAGGCCUCGAUUUUUCCCGCGAUGCGUGCAUGCAAGCGCUGCGGCGCAUGGAGGAUCCCAGCUUUGCGCUUGGCCCCUACACGAUCGGCAAGUCGGUCUGUUUUGGCUUUCCCUACACGGACACGCUCAAAGUACUGCAGAAAUGGGGCCCUGGCUGCACCUUUUACGGGCACGGGACCGAUGCGGAUUUGGACGCAUUUGAAGCGAUGCUCGCUGCGCAGCCGAGCGACGAGCCGCGGAUUGUGUCACUUUUUUGCGAGUUUCCGAGCAACCCCUUGCUGCGCUCGCCCGACUUGCCGCGCAUCCGCAAACUCGCAGACAAGUACGAUUUCAGCAUUGUGGUCGACGAGACAGUGGGCAACUUUGUCAAUGUCGAGGUGCUUCCCUACGCAGACAUUGUCGUCUCCAGCCUGACCAAGGUCUUUUCCGGCGAGUGCAACGUCAUGGGCGGCUCCUUGGUCCUGAAUCCCAAAGGACGCCGCGAGCCCUUUUUGCGUCACGUUUUAAACGCCACGUACCAGGACAGUGUAUGGCCCGAGGAUGCGGUGUUUCUCGAGCGCAACUCGCGCGACUUUGUCACGCGCAUUGCGCAGAUUGACAAGAAUACCGAGAUGGUCGCCGACUUUUUGCACACGCAGAUGCAGGCGCCCGGCAGCACAAUCGAGGCCGUGUACUACCCCAAGUUUGUCACCACCGCGCAUUACAAUGCAUGCCGCCGCGCGCAGCCCUACGGCGAUGGAAAAAGCAGCGGGGCUGGGUUUGGCGGCCUCUUUUCUGUGCAGUUUGCCGAUUUCGCGGGUGCGCGCGCAUUCUACGAUAACCUCGCGUGCGCCAAAGGCCCUUCGCUUGGGACCAACUGCACGCUGGCGUGCCCAUACACGCUCCUCGCUCAUUACAGCGAGCUCGACUGGGCCGCAAGCAUGGAUGUGAGCGUGAAUUUAGUGCGCGUGAGUGUCGGAUUGGAGGACAGCGGCGCGCUGCUCGCAGCGUUCCAAGUGGCCUUGGAGGCUGCUCAGCGUGCCGCUGCGUAG